AUGGCCCAGCAAGCUCCCACUGUACAGAUCGAGAACCUGCUUGCGCAGGUCAAGCCGCUUAGCAGUUCUCUCAAUGCCCGAGACCGUGCGAAAGUCCAAAAGUCUCUCCUCGAUGCUCUGUCUCAUGUGGAAACUCCAUAUGAGCAUAUGCUCAGGCUAUCUGGAUCUCUCGCUUGUAUCCGUGUCGGUGCGGAUAUAGGCCUGUUCAAGGUCUUGGUGGAGAGCCAGGAACCAUUAACAUGCAGCCAUCUCAGUGAAAAGCUUGGUGCUGGCCCUGAACUUCUCGGCCGCAUUUUGCGACUCCUCGCCUCGGCUGGGUUGGUGAAGCAGACUGGGUUGGACACAUUCAUUGGAGAAAAGAUAACCCAAGAGUUGGCAGGCCAGGCCCUGGAGUCUGGCGCGCAUCUUUUGUUUGACAUCCACAAUCGAACGUAUCAGGCUUUACCGGAUUGCCUCUCCGAACAUAAAUACAACGAGGUCGAUAAUAUGCACGACGGUAUUUUUCAGAAGGCGUUUGGAACAGAUCUCUCGAUCUAUGAGUAUCUCGCCCACAACCCAAAAUUGCAGGGCUAUAUGCAGGACGCCAUGAAGCUUAACCAGCCAGAGGGUGACUGGCUGUCGGUCUUGCCACUAGACGACGAGAUCAAGCGGUGGAAUGUCUCUGAUCCUGAUCGUGUCUUGUUUGUCGAUAUUGGUGGAGGCAUGGGCCACCAAUGCAUCCGGCUGCGGGAUAAAUACCCGGAUAUUCCUGGGCGUGUGAUCUUGCAAGACAUGCCAAUCACGGUCGGGCGAAUUCCGAAGCCGAUGCCUCAUGGUAUCGAGGCUAUGCCAUACAACUUUGAAGAGCCGCAGCCGAUCAAGAAUGCCAAGUUCUACUACACACGCAAUGUCUUCCAUGGACUACCUGACAGCGCUUGCAUUGCAGCCCUCAACAAUAUAGCUGCUGCGAUGAAUACGGAGUCUCGCCUCGUCAUCGACGACCUCGUCGUUCCUGACGAGGGCGCGUGCACGCAAGCCUGCCAGUUGGACUUCAUUAUGAUGGCAUCUAUCGCAGGAAAGAAGAGAACAAGAGACCAGUGGGAGGACAAGGGCGUGGUGUGUGAUGUAUAG